AUGAUGUUCAUCGGUGACAAUAUAGAUGACGUUUAUGAUCAAGAAGAAUUUCUUGGGCGGGAAGUGGCUUCCUUAUGGUAUUUUUCAUUAGAUGAUUUAGCUGAAGAUGCUCGCAAUAUUGCAUCCAAAUACAUUUUGCACGAUUACGCCAGAGAAUUAUACGAUGAUGCUUGUAUCAAAUGGGAAGAACAAAUUCAAGCUACUAAUAAUGCACAUGCCCAUUAUCAAUUAGGAUAUUAUUACCAACAUGGCCAUCUAACGUCAGGUAAAGAUUAUACCCGUGCUUUGCAACAUUAUAAGGCAGCUAUUGAUCAAGACUAUGCUCCUGCUAUGUAUGAUAUCUGUUCAUUAUACGGUCGGCAAAGUAAAGAUAAUCCAUCAGAUUAUCUCGAUUUAUUGAAAGAAAACGAAAUAAUUCAAAUGAAGGUUAAAAUGUACGUUAAAGCAGCUGCUGUUGGCCAACAUCGAAAAGCUGCAUUUCAAACAUUUCAACGGUAUAAAUAUAUGAAACAAUGGCGAACGAGUAUUGAUGAACUAGAUAAAGAAUUUAAAGCAAUAAUUAAGAAAAAUCAAUUAACAAAUAAAAGUAAUCUCGGUAACAUUUAUAACCAACUUGGUUUCAUAGCUGUGAUUAAAAGUCAACUAGAGAAUAAAGUUGAAGAGCUUAAGUCAGCUUAUGAUUACUUUCAUCUGGCUGGUAAACUUGGCAAUCCUUCUGGUUAUCUCAAUUAUGGUUAUUAUAAAUACGAGAAUCAUGAUAAAUAUAUUGCAGAAAGAACAAAAUAUUACCUUAAAGCAGCUCAAAUGGGGCAUUACUUAGGUUGGUAUAUGUUGAUGCGCUAUCUUAUUACAUCAGAUGCUCUUAAUCCAGCUGAGUUAGAUCGUUGUCUAACUUACUUGAAAACAGCAUCCCAAUAUCAAACAGCUGAUUUUCUAUCACAGCUUGGUGUUUUACAUUUAGAAAGUCAAUUGCAAUCAACUUCAAAUGAAGUUCAAGCUUUUCAAUAUUUCCUGCAAGCUACACUAUCUAAUGAAAGUAUGUCAGUUGAAUCAGUCGGUAGGCAUGAAUUUUUCUAUGUUGGCUUUAUGUAUGAACAUGGUAUUGGAAUCGAGAAAGAUGUUAUUAAAGCUGCCCAUUUUUAUGCUUCGUCUGUAAUUUAUCGUGGCGAUUCAUCACUAGCUUUAUGCCGAUUAGCUAAAUUAAUUGAAAAAUGUAAAAUUAUGCCGGCCGAUAUUAAUGAUGCUGUUAAAUUACUUGAAACAGCUGGAACUUAUAAUAAGUCAGAAUUAAAAAUUUAUGCUCAUUAUCGUUUAGCACGAAUAUUUAGUGACCAUAAUUUGAAAUCUAUAGGAUUAUAUUCGAAAGAUUCCUCCAGACGACAUUUGCAAGGUAUAGCUCUUGAUAUCCUUGGUAAAAUAACCCAACACCAUCUACGAUCAACGGAAUGCUAUUUAAUUGGUAAGAUGAAUGAAAAUGGUUAUUUUGUCGAAAAGGAUUAUCGCAAAGCAAUUCAUUAUUAUCAAUUAGCAGUCAUGUGUUAUAGCGAAAGUGAUGUUCAUGAGCGUUAUUAUUCAUUUAAAGCUAUGGUACGAAAAACAAAAUUAUUAUCUAGAAAUAAUACAGAUUAUCAACAAGAAUUAAAUUUUCUAGAUAACUCUAUCUAUAGAUUGCAGCAAAAUUCACCUGUUGACGUUUAUGUUCAAUGUUAUCAUAUCGCUUGGAAAUAUGGCACAUUAGACCAUUUUGGCUAUCAGUUACAGCUAAAUGCUGUUCAAAAAUAUCAACAGCAAUUAGAGACUUUAGCUAAUGCAAAUGCCUAUUACCAGCUGGGCUAUUUCCAUCAACAUGGUAUAGGGCCGGUAAGGAAAGAUUUUCAUCAAGCCUUGCAAUAUUAUCAAGUUGCUAUUCGAUUAAAUCACCCUUUAGCACAUUAUGAUUUAUGUUGGCUCUACGGUUGUGAAGAAAAUGGUGACGAUCAAUCUGUUUGUAUCCAUGUCUAUAACACUGCUAAAAAUUAUGCCGACGUCAUGAUGGAAGAAUUUGUACAGUCGGCAGCACUAGAUGGAGAUUUACGAUCUCUUAAAACCUUACGUCAUUAUUAUAGCCAAAAUAAUGAUUGCCGUACAGCUACCAAAGAAUUAGUAGAGCGAUUACAAAAACGACUUAAAAAUCAGCAUAUGACCUUAGACGAGAAAGGUAAAAUUUAUAUUCAAAUUGCCUUCCUAUUAUGGUUAACUUGUACUGAGAUUAGUGAUCAACGAGAAUUCGCUAAGAAACGAAUUAUAGGGAAAGUUAACGAUUGCUUAAUGCGUGCAAUUGAAUAUGGCAGCCCAUCAGCUAGUUUCAUUCAAUUGUUAGUUAAAGGUAUGCUACACGAACAACAUGAAGUCUUUAAUGAAGACUACACUAAUAUCAUUAAACCUUCAGUGUUAGCUGGUCAUAUACAAGCUCAAUAUCAACUAGCCUUAUAUUUAUUAUCCUUUCAAGAAGAUAGAAGCACCAUCGAUAAACCUAUUGUCGAUUAUUUGCGCAAUGCAGCAUUAUUAGGCUUAGAAGAGGCUCCAUUAGAAAUGUCGAUCAUGUAUCGAGAUGGCAAUAAUAUUGUUCGGCCUAAUCUUAUGAAAGCAGCUGAGUUCUAUGACCAAUAUUUAAUCGAAUCGCAUUUAGCAAUAGGUGAUUGCUAUCAAGAAUCAUUUGAUAUUGGAUUUAUGCAUGAGCAUUAUCUUAAUCAGCAACAUGAUUAUGCUAUUAAAGCAGCAUUUUACUACUGGUUAAAUAUCAAGAAUCAAUUUGAUUCUGCUUAUGCGCAAUGUUAUUUAGCUAAAUUAAUUGAAAAGCGGAAGAUUAUAGGUACAGCAGCACUUGACGACGCUAUUCAGCUAUAUCAAACAGCAGCCUACUUAAAUUGCAUUAGUAUUCAAGGUUAUGCUCAUUAUCGACUUGGCAAAAUAUACAGUAAUAAGAGUUAUCAAGAUAUUUAUGAUUCUGCAACUGCUGAUAACCAUUUUCAAGUUGCUCAUAAUAUAUAUAUACGAAGUCUAGAACGAUCGUCUGAGAAAAUACCAAGUGAUUUAUAUCAUUUGGCUAUUCUAUAUCAAUAUGGUUAUGGAAUAGCAUCCAAUACAUCACAAGCUAUUAAAUAUUAUCAAGCAGCUGCAGAAAUAGACGACGAUUUCUUGCCUCUUUAUGAUCGAUAUUAUCGGGAUAAAGCUAAAUCAAAGUUAAAUCAAAUCCGUUCUUAA